GGCGGCGGCUCCUUCCCCUCCCCGCCAUGGUGGGGGGCUGAGGAGGCCCGCCUCGGCGCUCGCCCGCCUCCUGCCGCUCCUCGACGGCCUCCCGCCCUUCCCGUCCCCCUCUUCCCCGUCCCCGUCCUCCCCGUCUUCCCCUUCUCCCCCGGCCCAAGGGCGGCGGCAGGAGGCCCGCUCGGCGCCUCCCAUCCAGGCCCCGCCGCCUCCUCCGCCCCCUCCGCCUCCUCCGCCGCUCUCCCCGCCGCCCCUGGCCGCCAUGGGCUCUCCCGCGGGCCUCGCCGGCGCCGCCGCCUCCACCGCCGCCGCCGACUCGGCCCAGUGGCUCUCCGUCAAGGAGGAGACCAUCUUCCUGCACGACGGCCUCAUCCGUGUCACCGACCUGGCUGAGCUGCCCAGCGAGAUCGUCGGAGGGGCCGAGAGCGCCGACGCCGAGCUGGAGAUCUUAACCUUUGAAACCAAGAAUCCCACCGAACUGUCGGAGCGCCUGCGUUCCGUUUGUGGCAACCAGAGCAACGCUUAUGCCCGCCUGCUGGAAUACCGCUUGAAUGCCCUGCGUGGACUCUGGAAUGCCCAGCGCCAGCUUGCCUUGGAGGAACAGCAUGAGCGGGAGAGCUCCGGAGAUGAGGAAGCUCUGGCCUUGCUCAAGCGGCAGGGCCUGCUGCAGCAACCCGAGCAGGCGCCUUUCACCUCCCGCAUGGGCCUCCUCCUGGUCUUUCCCCUUAUUGAAUCCCAAAGUAGAACCGACCCUUCCUUAUGUAACAUAACCGCAGAGGUGCUCUUGACUUGCCUUCGUGACUGCCAGCCCUUGAGCUUGACUAAGGAGCCAGUGGACUGUCUUAACGGCAUUGAAUCCUUGCUCUGCUCCUGGUUGGAGGAAACAUCUGCCUCGGGCCAACAGAUUCCACACAAGCAAAAAGAAAACGCUGCCGCCGCCCUUGUUGCCUUGGCUUGUGCAAGGGGAUCGCUGAAAACAUUUGUUCACACAGUCCAUCUUCUGCAGAAGCAAACCGACUUGGGAUCCCUGCCUGUGGCCGAUGUGUUAUACAGGUUGCUGCUGUUGGAAGGAGGACCGGGCUCUCCUUCUUGUCUGCUUGGGGGCAAGCACAUGGUAUCUUGGGGCUUUGAGGAUAUGCUGCCAGCGCCUGAUGCCAACCCUGGCUCCAACUCAGAAAAUAAAGAUGCAGACUUGGGACGUUGCCUUGCAGCAGAUGGACUUUACCUUUAUACAACCAACUCUGUUGGCAGAGGAAUAAGCAAAUUAGGAUCGGGGUUACAUGGUACCUUACGAGGCUUUGUGUAUUGCCGCAACGAAGAGCUGGAGUCAGGCUGGGUUGCUUUCGGCAACAGCAAACUCCUCCACAGGCCUGUCUCUUUCGAUAACAAACCUCAGUCCCUUUUCCAAGUCAUUGACCAGAAUACCCUUCAGGUAUGUCAGCUGGUCCCAAUGCCUGCUGACCACUUCCCCAUCGGCAGCACCAUGACCACGGUCCACCUUUCCUCAGAUGGGACCUACUUCUACUGGAUCUGGUCACCUGCAAGCUUGAAUGAGAAAACACCCAAGGGCCACUCAGUCUUCAUGGAUGUCUUUGAACUCACGAUGAAAGAUGGCGUCUGUGUGGCCAACCCUCUCCAGGAGCGCAUUAUCCUCAUGAGGAAAGAGGGUGAUUCAGCCAAAAGCAUCAACGAGAUGCUUCUGAGCCGGCUUUCAAGGUAUAGGGCCUCUCCCUCGGCCACCUUGGCGGCGCUGACCGGCUCCACCAUCUCCAAUACUUUGAAAGAGGACCAAGCAGCUGCAAACACGAGUUGUGGCCUGCCUCUCAAAAUGCUUCGGAAGACCCCGAUCUACACCUGCGGGACGUAUUUGGUAAUGCUGGUCCCACCCCCAGGCGGUUCUGGCAGCUCGGCCACCCGGUCACUCUUUGGCGGGACCAGCGGAUUGUCCUCCUUGAAGAUUCUGGCAUCGAGUUUGGUGUACAACAUCUCGGAUGGACAGUUUGCAAGCCGGGCGGAUCUCAUCGAUGCAGCCGGAAGCUCCCUGGGACGUGGUGCUCUCGUUCCUGGUUUGGGUGCGUGCUACGACGCAAUGAACAAUAUGAUCUGGACCUGCUCAAAUGACUAUAUUGACCAGUGGUGCAAUCCUGGCAACCAGGCUUUCCAUUAUGUCUGCCAAAGACUAGGCGUCAGCCAUAUCAUUAUGGAGCCAAAAGGAGAUGCCACGACCACAAAUGAGGUGAUCAACCAAUUACUGCACCAUGUUGGUGCAAUGUGUAUCCAUCAGCUCAACCUACUGGCCGCAAGCAACAACCUUCCCCUCACCAAUUUCCUGGGCAAGCAGCACCCCAUCGAGGCUCAUCAUCUCAGCAGCAUCUGCGACAUUAUGGAGAAAGCCAUGGUCAAUGGAGACACCUGCAUUAUCCAUUGCAUCCUAGUGGUCUUCCAGGUGGUUUUCAAAUUCUUCUUUAGCCCUCAAACUGAAAAGCAUCGGGAUAUUGUGAGACGCUCGGGCCUCUUGCUGUGGCAGCUGUUAAUGGCCCCCAUGGACCAGAUCAGCCCCGAAAUCCAGAAGGAAGUCUGUCUGGCCAUCAGUUCUGGUCUGAAUAUCCUGUAUCCCGGAGAAGUUGAAAUCAAUAACUUGUUGAAACUGGUCUUAACAGAAGGAGAGAGGAAUAGUGGUCUGGCCCAACUCCGGGACGUGAUCAUGACUAACCUGGCAGAGCAGCUCCAGAACAACAGAUUUGGCAGCGAAGAUGAUGAGCAUUACCGAUUAAACGAUGAACUUUUGCACUACAUUCUCAAGAUUGUUGUUCGCGAGUCUUGUAUCUUAAUCACCAAGUGCCAAACGGUAUCCAGAGAUGAAUUUCAGAGGCUCCUCUCGACUGUGCCUGCUGCCUCCUCCUGCCUGCGGUACCUGAUGGCUGUACAGAACCAUCUUCUGAGUAAUACCAUUUUGAUUAAGCCUGACGAAAACGAUGACAGUGACAGCUCCUUGCAGGGAGAGACAUUGAAGGUACAGGAGCUCAAGGCUAGUAUCUUGGCCCUGGCGACCCAGAUCUUGACAGGGUGCGAUGAGGUCCUAGAUAUGCUGCAGCAAGUCACCACUGCGUUGAUCCACAGUGAGGUUCCUGACCGGGAGCAGAGGUUAAAGGGCCUGGAGCAGGUGACCAAAGCCACCAUGCUGGGUCACUUGCUUCCUGUCUUGCUAACUUCCCUGAUGCACCCCAACCUCCAGACCUUGACCAUGGCGGAUGCGCUGAUGCCUCAGUUGGUGCAGCUGGUCCUCUACACAAGCCAGACCGCCUUGCUGCUGAAAACCCAGUCCCCUCUUUUUUCGGAGGCGGGUGCUUCUCCCAGUGGGACCUGUGAGCAGAGAAACAAGCUGUUUCCGGAUGAGAGGAUGCUAGAAGAGAAAGAAGAGCCAGGCUUCCUGACUGGCUUGAAGAUCCCGGCUCCUUGGGCAGCUGGGAAAACUGUGGAGACUGUGCAUCCUGUGAGGGACAACUACAAAUUUAAGGAAACCGUGCACAUCCCAGGGGCCCGUUGCUUGUACCUGAGGUUUGACAACCGAUGUUCCUCGCAGUAUGAUUAUGACAAGUUGGUGAUAUAUGCAGGCCCCAACACCAACAGCCGGAAGGUGGCCGAAUACGGGGGUAAUACCCUCGGGUACGGCAGUCGCAGUGUCUUGGGAACGGGUUGGCCCAAAGAUUUAGUCAAGGUGGAAGGGGACACCGUGACCUUCUCCUUUGAAAUGCGGAGUGGGCGAGAGCACAACACACCCGACAAAGCCAUGUGGGGCUUCACUUGCACUGUCCGAGCCCAGGAGUCCUCUGAAGACGUGUCGGGCGGACUGCCUUUCUUGGUAGACCUAGCCUUGGGUUUGUCAGUGCUGGCGUGCUCCAUGCUCAGGAUCCUGUACAAUGGACCAGAGAUCACCAAAGAGGAGGAAGCCUGCCAAGAACUCCUGAGGUCCAAACUUUUGCAGCGGUGCCAGUGGCAAGUCGAAGCCAAUGGGGUCAUUUCCCCAGCUCUCACCCCAAGCCCUUCCCCACUGCCUCUCACCAUUGACGAAGACCGGGAAUUCACAUAUCCCUCCGAUAUCCUGGUGCCCUCCGUUGGCCACUACUUUGAGCUUCCGCGGAUCCGUCUUCCUCCAGGGAUCAUGGUCAAACUCAGGGAAAUCUCCGGCCGAGCUCGCCCCCAGUUCCGGCCCAGCAUCAGGGAGGUGAUCCAACCCGACAUAAUGGAAGAAAUGGUGGUGUCCUGUGUGAUUAAGCAUCUGAACCUGGUUGAUGCCCUCCAGUCCCUCAUCAACUUCCAGUACCAGGAGGAGCAUGCCGAGGAGUACGACCUGCUCUGCAAAAUUAUGGGGGAAACUUUCAAGAAGCUGAAUGCCAUGGAGAGGCAAUUGCAGAGUGUUGCGGAGUUGGAGCAGAAGUGGCAAAGUGAAGUGGAGGAGUCCAUGUCUGGGAAGCUGGAGAACAACGUGCCCUUCUUUUACGACUAUCACUUUAAUGAGAGCAAAAUGAAGGAACUGGAACUACUGUGCUCAAUGAAGGAAAUUUCAUUUGAUGGAGGUGACCUUGAGAACAUGGUUCUCUCACUGAGGGAGAAGUUCAUCCAGGAAGUGAACUCCCUGCACCAGAAGCCUUUGCAUCCCAUGGGGAAGACCAAAACACUGGUCAAGAGCCUGAUGAACCGGGCAGAGCUGCUCUUGCACGUCACCAUUGCUGCCCAGUCUGGCCUGACCCGCAGCAUCUCUGGCACCCCUGCUGAGACCCCAGCGUGCAAGUCUGCCUCGGAAACCAAGGUGAUCUCCCAUGCUGUCCGCCAGCCGGUUUUCCUCCGCAGCAUGUCAGCCCCCUCAGACCUGGAAAUGAUUGCCAACGAGGAUCUGGAGUUCACGAGGUCGAGCCAAAGGCGGCGCCAUGUGACGAGUCACAGGAGCAGCUCCUUUACUCUCCUUCAGUCCCUGACCAUCGAGGACAGCCGAGAUAAACCCACCUACAGCGUCUUGCUGGGCCAGCUGUUUGCUUUCAUCGGGACCAAUCCUGAUCAAGCAGUCUCGAGCAGCAGUUUCUUGUUAGCUGCUCAAACCCGGUGGCGCCGCGGAAACACCCGGAAGCAGGCUCUGGUCCAUAUGAGGGAGCUCCUGACGGCGGCCGUCCGGGUCGGAGGCGUGACUCAUCUCGUGGGUCCCGUCACAAUGGUCCUGCAAGGAGGCCCACGGUCAGUCCCUCACUAUCAACUGUCAAGGGGACCAAGAAUUGAAGAGCUGACCUGUGGAGGAAUGGUGGAGCAAGUGCAAGAAGCCUUUGGGGAGACCAUGACUUCGGUGGUGGCCCUCUGCGCCCGGUAUCCCAUUGCCUGCGCCAACAGCAUUGGCCUGCUCUGCACCAUCCCAUAUACCAGGAGUGAAGAGAAGUGCCUGGUGCGGAGUGGCCUGGUCCAGCUGAUGGACCGCCUGUGCAGCCUCAGCAGCCAGGCUGAGUCCAGCUCCAAUGAGAAGCAGACCAAGAAGCAGAAAGUGGCCACCAUGGCUUGGGCAGCCUUCCAAGUGCUGGCCAACCGUUGUGUCGAAUGGGAGAAAGAAGAAGGGGGCUCGACCGAAGCAGUCCACUCAGGCCUGGCCCGCCAGGUCUCCAGUCUCCUGACCAACCACUUGGCCCGGGCCACCGAGUGCUGCGGCAACCAGGCCGCCGGGAACGAUGCCUUGCAGGACGUCCUCAGCCUUCUGAACGACUUGUCAAGGAGCCACAUUGGCAAAGCCAUCCUGAGCCAGCCGGCCUGCGUGUCCAAGCUUCUCUCCCUACUCCUGGACCAGCGUCCCUCCCCGAAGCUGGUCCUCAUCAUCCUCCAGCUCUGCCGGGCGGCCCUUCCGCUCAUGAGCGUGGAGGAUUGUGGGAAUGUGGAGCUGCCCCCCUGGAGCUAUUCGGUUCCCUCUCUGAACAGUGAGCAGGAUGACCCCAGUGACCCAGCCUCCAAAAUUGCCUCUCUGCUUUUAGCCAAACUGGCCGAUUACGUGGUGCCAGGAUGCCAGACGGUUCUUUCUCCGACAGCUUCGGAGCCAGAUACUUCCCUAACCAAAGCCAGCCCCAAAAGCUCCCUUAAAGGAGACAAAGACCCAGGGGAAGAGAGUGAGGCUGUUGAUGGGAAACUCUCCAUCUUUAUUCAUAAGCGGGAAGAUCAGUCCUCUCAUGAAGUCCUCCAGCCCCUGCUGAGUAGCUCAGAAGGUCGUCCAUUUCGCCUCGGAACAGGAGCAAAUAUGGAGAAAGUGGUGAAGAUGGAUCGAGACAUGACCAAAAGUGGCUGCUGUGAGGUGAUUACGGAAGAGGCAGCGGCAGCUUUACGUAAGGCCACCAAGUGGGCCCAGUCGGGGCUGAUUGUUAGCGUGGGCCCCCCUGUCGAAACAGCCAGCCCAGAGAGCACCAGCGGCCUGUCAACCGGGGACAAAAAGAAGACUGCCCAAACCUCCAUUUGUAGGGAGCGGAACUCGGAACUUGCCAGAACUGACCCUGUGCGGCCGUUCAUCAGUGGCCACGUGGCCAACAGCAUGGCAGCCGAGGUGAUUGCUUUGCUUCACAGCCUGCUCAUGGCGCCUGAAUCCAACGCGGCUCAGAUCUGGACAACCACCGCUGAAAAAGUCCUGUCCCGUGCGCUCAUGUAUAUCCCACAGCUGGGUAAAUAUGCUGAGAGCAUCCUGGAGAAUGGCAGCAGCAGCGGGAGGAAACUGGCCAAGCUCCAGCGGAUUGCCCGCCAGGCAGUGGCGGCUCUGUGUGCGCUGGGCGGCUUCAAGGAGACCAUCAAAAUUGGCUCUGAAGUUCAGGUUUUGGGGAGGGGCAUUGCAGGAAGCGUUGGAGUGGUUGCCUCGAUUAAUGAACAGGAAGGUAUAGCCACGGUCAAAUUCCCACCUGCCAGUAUAGACUGUAGAAAGACCUCCCAAGCAUCAGACACUUUAACUAUCCCAUUAUCUAGGCUCUGUGUUCCAAGAUCAGAGGCAUUGCCUCUCCAUAAACUGUCCAUUACUGAGAAGGUAGUACAGGCAGUCCAGUCCAUGUUGCUUCCUCAAGAGGGGAGUCUCUCUAUUCAUACCUCACUUCCUGCAACAGGAGAUGGCUCAACCCCAGUAAUGGCAGUGGUCCGACUCCUGGCUGAAAUUCGAACCAGAGCAUGCCUGGUGAUGGCCCAGUUGUUGGAGGACAGUUCCUUCUGUGAGGAGUUCAUCCAGCAAUGUCCGGCUGCUGUGGAAGUUCUGAACCUCGUGGCCCAGGAGUGCAGCCCAGGAGAGCGACUCCUUGUUGUGGAAGUGCAGUGUGAGCGGCUGAGGAUGCUGUACCGUGACAGUGCGCGUCCUCCGCCGCCGCCACUCCAGGCCGACCGAAGGCAGACCCGUCUCCUCUUGGUUCAGCCCAAGGAAAUCACCUGGAGCCCUUCUCGCGUCUUCCCACCAGUGCGCGCCUGCAUGUUCUCCUCUCACCUUACAGCUGUGACCUUCCUGGCAGACCCCAGCGCAGGCGGAGGGCUGCCCCGGGGCACCUUCAUUUACGCCACAUCCCCCGUUCCAGUCCAGGCGCCAUCCUUCUACUGGGAGAUUGAGAUUGUGUCCUACGGCGACACAGAUGACGACACGGGGCCCAUUGUCUCCUUUGGCUUUGCCACGGAGGCCGAGAAGCGCGAUGGCGCAUGGACCAACCCUGUGGGCACCUGCCUCUUUCACAACAAUGGACGAGCUGUUCAUUACAAUGGUUCCAGUUUGCUGCAGUGGAAGAGUGUGCGGCUGGACGUCACCCUCUCUCCUGGUGAUGUCGCUGGCAUUGGUUGGGAGAGGUCCGAAGGCACCCCGCCUCCUCCGGGGCAGCCGGCCAAAGGCAGAGUGUAUUUCACUUACUGUGGACAGCGACUGGGUCCAUAUCUGGAAGAUGUGUCCGGUGGAAUGUGGCCAGUGGUCCAUAUCCAGAAAAAGAACACCAAGGUCCGGGCCAAUUUUGGUUCCCGCCAGUUUGCUUAUGCGGAAGGCCAGGCGCACCGCAAUGCCGCCGACCUCUGUGUCGACCUUGCUGAAGAAAUCAGUGCCAACUUCGAAGUGUUGCCUUUUGCCAUGGCUUCCGACAGUGACAACGAUGCUGGCACCAGCACAGCCUCUGACCCUGGGACGCAUGGGCCGCCUUGCAGGAUUGCGGCUGUGGCCACUGCUCAGCAACAGUACGAUAGUGACACCUCUUGCCAUUAUAAGAUGGAACUCAGCUAUGAAAACUUCAUCACCUCGGGACCAGACCCUCACCCUCCUCCCAUUGCAGAUGACGAAAGCGACGAUGACGAUGACGAUGACAUUCCACGGGAAGAUCACUAUGCCUUGCUUGUGAAAGCCUGGGAGACCAAAGUCUUCCCUACCAUUCGGAGACGCUUCCGCAACGAAGCCGAGAGGAAGUCUGGCUUGGAUCAGAUUAAAGGGGCCUUACAGCUAGGCAUGGUCGACAUCGCCCGCCAAACGGUGGAAUUUCUCUAUGAGGAAAACGGGGGCAUUCCCAGAGACCUGUACCUUCCCACAAUUGAAGAUAUUAAAGAUGAAGCCAAUAAGUUCACUAUUGAUAAAGUCCGGAAAGGUCUCACCGUUGUCACCCGCUGCCCAGAUAGCAACAACGUGGUUGCCAACACGGUGGGCACCGCCCUGCCCAAGUUUGCAAUCCGUGGGAUGCUGAAGACGUUUGGACUCCAUGGUGUCGUCCUGGACGUUGAUUCGGUGAAUGAGCUUGUCCAGGUGGAGACUUACCUCAGGAGCGAAGGGGUCUUGGUGCGAUACUGGUACCCCAUUGAUAUGCUGGAGCGACCCCCUGCUGGCUAUAGGAGGACAGCCACCAAUGGACUGGUUUCCCUGGACAAUUCAAACAUUCAGAUUCACAGAGAGCUGCUGCGAUGCGAAGCGGCCCUUGCUCGGCUGUACUGCCGUAUGGCCCUCCUUAACAUUUUUGCUCCCAGAUCUCCUCACAUGUUCACACGCCUGUUCCACAUCCCUGCCAUCCGGGACAUCACUCUGGAACAUCUCCAGUUGCUCUCCAAUCAGCUUCUAGCCCCGCCUCUUCCUGAUGGGACCAUUAGCUCCAGCUCCAUCCUUCUGGCCCAGUCCCUCCAGCACUGCAUCCAUUCCCAGAAUUGCUCAGGCACCGACCUCUUUUACCAAGGCAACUCCCAGACCAUCCAGGAGUGGCUGACAGUGGCCAUUGCGCGGACUCUGCACCAAGGCGAGGAGAGUCUGCUGGAACUGACCAAACAGAUCUGCUCCUUCCUGCAGAACGCUCCUGAACAGUUCCCAUCCGAAGAGUUCCCCAUUUCUGAGUCGAAAGUAAACAUGGACGUCAACUUCCCUGGGGCAGCCUUUGUGAUUGUGUCCUGCAAGGAGAGUCAGUCAGGAUUCCGCAAAGAUUCUGACUCUUUUCACAGCUCUUCUCUGUAUAAAGCCCCUUGGGCCCGGAUCCUUGUCUAUGGCCUCGGCCACAAGGUGAAGAGGAACGGGCAGCUGAACCUGAUUGAGGCCGUGUGCUACCCUCGGGAUGCUUCUCCCACCAACACAGGACUGACUCCGCCCCCCACCACCAAUCAGUAUCCUUCGGUCAUCAUCUCCACCGAUAAGGUCCACAUCAAACUGGGAGUGUCCCCGCCUCCUGGUGCCAUGCUGGUCCUGCACUCGCUCCCGCUGGAGUUCCCAUUGGCCAUGGCUUUUGCGGAGCAGCUGCUGGCCUGGAAGUUGGAUGACGGGGACGGAAGGGCCGAAGAGGAGCUGGAAACUAUCCCUGCCUCCAUCCUUUUGCAAGUGGUGGAAAUCCUCGGGAAUUUUCUAUGGACAACCAACAUGGCAGCCUGUGUGAAAGAGCUGUUGUUCCACCUCUUGGCCGAACUGCUCCGCAAAAUUCACAGCCUGGAGCAGAAGAAGAACCCUGCCGGUCUGUCCUCGUCCAUUGCGCUGCAGCUCAACCCCUGCCUGGCCAUGCUUAUGGCACUCCAGUCUGAGCUGCACAAGCUGUAUGACGAAGAGACCCAGAACUGGGUCUCAGGAAAUGCCUGCAGCGGAUCCGGUGUUGGGGGCACCGACCAGGGCAGAUUUUCCACCUAUUUCCAUGCCCUGAUGGAGGUCUGCCUGGCUGUUGCGGAAGUAACGUUGCCAAUCAACAUGAGCAUCACCGCCAACGUCAUGUCCUCGACCAGCGGCCCCAACCUCAGCGACUCCUCCUCUUCCUCCUCCUCCUCUCCUGGGCAGACCCCGCAAAGCCCAAGCCUCCUGUCAAAGAGGAAGAAGGUCAAGAUGAAGCGGGAGAAGGCCUCGGCUUCGGGGAAGCGCACCUCGUCCCGAGCAGCUGAUACUGACACGGCCAUGCUGAGCAUUGGCGGGAGCAAACCUGAGGACAUGCUGUGGUUCCACCGGGCUCUGACCUUGCUCAUCAUCUUGCGCCAUUUGACCAAGAAGGACCCCCAGGGGCUGGGUGUGACCAAUGACGCAGUGGCAGAUGCCUGCCAGGCCUUGGUCGGGACUACAGCUCACAGCCGCUUACUGGUGAUUUCGGGCAUCCCCACCCACCUGGAGGAAGGGGUGGUGCGGGGCGCCAUCCGCAAGGCCUGCAAUGCCCACGGGGGUGUCUUCAAGGAGGAGAUUUACAUCCCGGUGCAAGAGGAGGAGCCCAAGAAGAGCAAGGACAAGGCAGAGGGAGGGGAGAGCCGGGCUGAACUGGACAAACCAGCGGUCUCUGGCAGCGUGGACAGCCUGGACAUCAGCAGCUCCAGCAGCGUUACCCCCGCCAUGAGCGUCAGCGCCUCAGCCUCCACCAGCCAAGCCUCCAUCUCCAGCUCGCAGGGCAUUUCUCGCACCACCAGCGACAUCUCAGUGGACCAGGCCCUGCAAGGGGGCUUGGAGAUGGCCAUCCCACCCGGGUUGCUGGACGGCACCCCACAUGGGGUUUCCAGCCAGGAGAGCCUGGACCUCUCCAUCGGCAGCAGCCUAGGCAGCUUUGGGGAGCAGCUGGAUAACGUGGAGACGGCCUCCAUGUCGGACGUGGGCUCCAUGUACACCGUGACCUCGCUGGACAGCCAGCCAGCCCCCUCACGACCCAUCAAGGGCUUUGCAGUUGUGGAGAUUCGGUCCCGGGCCAAGAUUGAGAAGAUCCGAGCCAGCCUCUUUAACAGCAGUGACCUGAUUGGCCUUUCCAGCCUGGACGGGGAAGACGAACUCAUGGAAAUGUCCACCGAGGAAAUUUUAACUGUCUCCACAGUGAACCAGAGCUUGUUUGACACCCAAGGGAGCCCUGCUCUGGAAGAUUACUUCAAUGACAAAACCUUAAAAGGUGACAAGCUGGUGCCGGGUGCUCGAGACGUCCUGACGGAAAUCUUCAAAAGCUGCCUCCAUUCGGAACAAAUGCUGAGCCUGACACCAGCCAAGCCGACCAAAGUGGCUGAGAUCUACCUGAGCAAAGAGCAGAUCAAUGCCCAGACCCCCGGGAACCUGCUGCACACCUUCUUUACCAACGUCCGCCCCCCAAAGAAGGUUCUGGAGGACCAGCUCACCCAGAUCUUGAGAAAGUACGGGGCUCCUAAGCCAAAGUUUGACAAGAGCAAGUACAACAAGGGAGGCAAGGAGCAACACCCGGUGAAGGUGGUUAGCACCAAGCGACCCGUCACCAAGCCUCCGGCCAAGGAAAAGGCUGUGCUCAACAGCGUCAGCAGGACGGCUCUGAGCGAGAAGAAGCCCACAGUGAAGCCAAAAUCACCCGAGAAGUGCAAGCCUGAUGAAAAGGACCCAGACAAGUCUCCCACCAAGAAACAGGAGGUUCCUGAGGAGAAAUAUCUGACACUGGAUGGGUUUCAUCGAUUUGUCAUUGAUCGGGCAAAACAAGACAUCCGUAGCGUGUGGCGAGCCAUUUUGUCCUGUGGCUAUGACCUUCACUUUGAAAGGUGCGCCUGCAUCGAUGCCCGGCAUGCUCAGAAAGCCUCCCGCAAGUGGUCGUUGGAAAUGGAUGUGGCCCUGGUCCAGUACAUCAACCGCCUCUGCCGCCACCUGGCCAUCACCCCGGCCCGGCUGCACCCCCAUGAAGUGUACUUGGAUCCGGCCGACACGGCCGACCCGCGCGUCUCCUGCCUCUUAAACGUGCCUAUUGAAAGCCUCCGUCUGCGUUUUGCUCUGCUCCAGUCCCUCAACACCACCCUGGAGACCUUCUUCCUGCCACUUGUGGAACUCCGGCAGACGGAGAUGUACACCAACAGCAUUGCAGCACUGCUGCAAGAAGCCAAAGGAUUAAUUUUUUACGACACAAAAGUGACCGUCAUGAACCGGGUGCUGAAUGCCACCGUGCAAAGGACGGCCGACCACGCUGCCCCGGAGAUCACCCUGGACCCUCUUGAAAUCGUGGGAGGAGAGAUCCGGUCUCCAGAGAACUCCUACUUCUGCCAGGCGGCCCGGCAGCUGGCCUGCGUCCCUUCCUCGCAGCUGUGUGUGAAGCUGGCCAGCGGCGGUGACCCCACCUAUGCCUUCAACAUCCGUUUUACAGGCGAGGAGGUCCAUGGCACGAGCGGUUCCUUCCGGCACUUCCUGUGGCAGGUCUGCAAGGAGCUUCAGAGUUCUCUGCUCUCCCUCCUCUUGCUCUGUCCCAGCUCAGCAGUGAAUAAGAACAAGGGCAAGUAUAUCCUGACCCCCAGCCCCAUCAGUUAUGGGGAGGAGCAGCUGCUGCACUUCUUUGGGCAGUUGCUGGGCAUCGCCAUCCGGGCAGAUGUCCCCCUACCCCUGGACCUCCUGCCCUCCUUUUGGAAGACCUUGGUCGGAGAAGCCCUGGACCCAGACCUCGACCUUCAGGAGGCAGAUGUCCUGACCUACAACUAUGUCAAGAAAUUUGAAAAUCUCAACGACGAGGCAGAGCUGGAGGCGCUGUGUGCGGAAAUCGCUUCCCAGCAUCUGGCCAUGGAAAGCCCCGACUGCCCCAACAAGCCCAGCUGCAAGUUCACCUACCUGACCAUGACAGGCGAAGAGGUGGAGCUGUGUGCCCGGGGCAGGCACAUCCCGGUCGUGUGGGAGAACAAGGAUGUCUAUGCCAGCGCUAUCCGGAACCUGAGGCUGCGAGAGCUUCAGACACCAGAGUGCGCAAUGGCUGUGCGGGCCGGCCUGGGCUCCAUCAUCCCUCUGCAGCUCCUGACCAUGCUGACUCCCUUGGAGAUGGAGCUGCGGACCUGUGGGCUCCCCUUCAUCAACCUGGAGUUUCUCAAGGCCCAUACCAUGUACCAAGUGGGGCUGAUGGAGACUGAUCAGCACAUUGAGUUCUUCUGGGGGGCUCUGGAGAUGUUCACCCAGGAGGAGCUCUGCAAGUUCAUCAAGUUUGCCUGCAACCAGGAGCGCAUCCCCUUCACCUGCCCCUGCAAGGACGGAGGACCGGACACCGCCCACGUCCCGCCAUACCCCAUGAAGAUCGCGCCUCCAGAUGGCACCGCAGGGUCGCCCGACUCCCGCUACAUCCGCGUGGAGACCUGCAUGUUCAUGAUCAAACUCCCCCAGUACACCUCCCUCGACAUCAUGCUGGAGAAGCUCCGGUACGCCAUCCACUAUCGGGAGGAUCCCCUCAGCGGCUGAGCCGCCAUCCCGCAAGACACUGCAAGGGACCCCUUGGGGGCAGCCCUCCUGCGAAGCAGCCCCUGACAGACCGACUGACCGACGAACCACAGGGAAUGCCUUGGGGUGGGCCUGAGGCCAGCGCCCAAGACGCCUCCUUCGUCCCUCCAACCCUUUGCUUCCUUUGCCGGAAGACCUCCUGCGUCAUAUUUGUGGACUUUUGUGGUGGAUGGGUUGUCUUUGCUGCCUUGUUUGUGAAAUCUUUGUAGGAUGAGUUUAGUACACAGACUGAUGUUCACAAACCUUGAGAUCCUUACGUUUCUUUCAACAUUUGGUGAGCACUCAUUGUUGCACAGUAAGGAAACGACGAGGCCUUCAUUUCUGAGUGCAAAAAAAAAACCACGAGGCCACAAGAAUUGGCUCUGGCUGUUUCUGCCUGUCCCCGCAAAGGAAUCCUCCCUGGGGCAAAUCCCUUUCUAUGCAGGGUUGUGGGAUAACUUCACAACUUUUCACAUGUACAGCUUGGGUGACAAGGAACCCGCCCAUUCAUUUUCACACGUUUGGUACACACAAAUCAUUCUUCAAAACACAUGCAGUCAUUUGCCUAAAAUCAAACAAGUCGGUCACUUGGCCUUUUGCAAACAAAUGUGCCAGUGGGAGUGUGGUACCCCCCCCCCUUUUUUUUUUGGACUCAGAAAUGACCACUUGGAGAUUGUGACAAGGUUGGCAUCCAGAAAGGAGUGGGGAGAAGACACAAACUGUUGGAUUCGGGUUUUUUCCUUCUUCCUUGGUAGAGGGUCCCUUUGGCCUGUCUCUUGGGUGGCCUUCCUUUGGUUCCGAUGGGGUUUUGGGAGGGGAGGAGGAAAGCUGCCCCCUCUCAUGUCGGAGAGACACGUCAAGCACGCACAUUUCCCCCUUGACUAACGCAGUGACGGUUUCUGGGGUUCAGGGUUGCCCUGCGAGCCGUCUCCCGGAAGGGCCUCAGCUUGGCUUGGUGCUAUCCAUGAGUUUAAGUGCCAGCUCUUAGUUCUGAGCUUGGUUUUCCUGUUUUCUGCCCCCUGACAACCUCGCGCACCUUUCCGAGCUGUAACCCCAGGCGGGGACUGGAGGUGGGGGGCAAGCGGGAGAGCUGUAUCUAGUGUACAUUACUGUGAAUACGGGGAAUGAUUUGGGUCGCAUGAGGUGUGGCUGGAGCUUGUGAGGGGCGAGUGAGACUGCAAGGAAAGCGAGUGACUUUGUAGCGUUAGCUUCUAGUGUGGAACAGACCCAACUUCCAUGGACAGAAAAGAAGGGAAACUUGCACCUCCCUAGGCAGCAUUUUCAACCCCCGUGUCUUGCCCCGAUGAAAGACUUUUGAGUUCAAGACAGACAAACCUUGUAUGGUGCAUUUCCAGGCGCCUGAGAGAAACCCAGAAUUGCCUAAGAAUUGCCCGGUUUGUUUCUUCCGGAGGGGACUUCUCCUGCUUUCAAAUACCUCACAGGCCUUUUGGUUGCCACGUCGCCAGCUGUGUGUCCCUGAAGAAGACACCAACGCUGUGGCCGCUGCCCCUGCUGCUCCCCACUCCUCCCCAAAGCGUAUGUGCUGUCCAGUGACUUGAUGUAUAUUUAUGCUCAUUAUAUAUGGUUGCAUUGAAGGCGAGGAUGGUGUUCUUCCUGGUUGGCCCCCCACCCCACCCAGGAUCGACACAAAAGGGAAACCUCUUGUGCCCGGAUUGUGUGGUGGGCUCCUUUGGGAAGAACAGGCCGGGCCGAAGGAGGUGGUUAAGUGGGGACUGGAAUGGCACAGUUGGGGAAAUCAUGUCUUUCUAAUGCUGCCUGAAAGCCAGCAAACUGAGCACCUCUUGCUAGAUACACUGGGGUUGCAAAUCAUCUUUCUUUUCACUUGAAUAUUCAUUCCGAAUGUAAAGCUGUCCUUCCAAAAUGGCAAAGAACCUGGACACAGAAGUCUCUUGGGGUUUACGCUUGGGUUGGGCAUCUCUUGGGGUAUUUAUUACGCUGUUCACCUGUUUCAAAGUGCUCUUGGUCUGGCGUCAAACAUCCAGGCAGAAGGGAGGCCUCCUUCCUUGGCUGUGGGGCCCUUCGCACUUGGCCCGGGAGCAGAGCCAGGCUAGUCUCCUCCAAGCUGCGCAAAACACUGCUUGGGGCAAGGAUCAGCCAACCAGCUGCCUGCUGUCCGGCUCACUUGGGGAUACGUUGAAUGCACUGUACUUUUUCAUUUGUAUUUACUUACCGCAAAUGUGUAAAUAUUUUGUACAAAAGGGAAAAGCGAGCCAAAGGCGGCCCUUCCCCGAGGGAGGGGGAGAGGGACUCCAAAGGGUCUCCUGCCGAGGCAGACCCCCCGCCAAGCUGACAAAAAGCGUGUGACGUAUGCCAUAAUUUUUGUUAAUUUAUUCUUUACUUCUCUCACCUCAAUUUGACCACAUCUUUCCCCGUAGAACAGUGAUCCUGUCUCAAUUAUAUAACAAAAUGGAAGGAAAAUAACCCAAACAACAGAAAAAGCCUCCCCUUAGCUUCCUUCUGUAAACCCACCAUAGUGCUUUGCCCUUGGAAUUAACACUGCAAGGUUGGUUGCCACUUGUUUUUAAGAACUCUUUGGCUUUUCUUGUAUUUAAUAAAUGCUUACUUUUGGUGGA